CGAGAGCAGCGCGUGAGUUGUGUCAUUUAUCUCCUUCGCUCUUGGACAUAGGAGAUGUGCAAAUCAUGAACGAGUAGAUGUUUAGACUGACUCGGGAAUCACUGGUACUCGUCUCCAAUACGUCGCACUCGGGCUGGCUAAAUCAACGUCCUUACCAUUUAACUGAUGGCGGGACACUUCGUGAACCGUACAUGCGCACAAUUCCGAGCGGCUUGGUGACGACGAGUGACUCGAGUCCCUUAACUACCGACUUGAAUUCACUGAGUCAUUCAUACAAACACGAGUCAGGGAAAGGAGUCGAGUUUACCUUCACGCACACAGGCGGAUGACGACAUCAUGUCACGUGACAUAAACCCUGAACAUGGGCAUGUUGUUUACAGCCUCUUCGUGCCAUCUUUUAUCUUACUAAAGAGUCCACGUGACUCUUUGUUUUCUGGUGCUCUUGUUUGUGCUCUUGUUGUUUGUGCUCUUGUUGUUUGUGCUCAGCCAUGCUUCCUGCUGUGGCGGCCUACUACUUGCCAUGGGAGCUGCAGUCUGGUGCUGUGCAGGAAGGAGAGUCAGUGCGCACAUUUGGCAGGUGGGUUCGGAACUUCAAAUUAUUUCAGACUGACCUGCUAUGAUCAAGAAAAGUCCACAGCUACGCUCACAGCUCAGCAUGCGUCCAAAGACCACCAUGUAGUCAUCAAUACCUCGCUUGUGGAACCCUUUCAUCCCAUCAUCGGAGCCCAGUAUUUGGUUGUGGGUGAGACAGAAACAGCUGCUGAGGUUGACAUGACGGUGCGGGCUCGUGUGCUCACCUGCGUGGAUGGUGUAAACCUCCCCCUACUCCAGAAAGCCAUCAUGGAGCAGAGAAGCUUCUUCAAAGAAAGGGAGGGCCAACAGAAUGCAACUUGAGUUGCAAAAUAUCAGCCACAUCAUGGACGGCCAAGCAAGUAGUACACACACUCUUCUAUUUCAUACAUACUAGUAUCUACAUGUGACACUGACAAACAAUGUCAAUAACAAUGUCAAUAAAGUUAUUUGUUGUAAGUUC